CCCAUGGCUGGCGGGCUGAAGGUGCUCACGCUGCAGCCCCAGCGUGACACCUGAAAGGGCCCGAAGCCUGUCCGCGCGCUCUUCAAGGGCGAGGUAUCGCGGCCAGACUGAGGGGUCUGCGGAGGCAGCCGGGCCGCCGCCCGCCCCUCGGUUCCACGGAAGAGUCGGCGCGCCGUCCAGCCUCGGAGCCGCAGGGCGUCCCACACCGCCCGGCUGCACGCUGGCCGGGCUCUGUCGGGGCAGAGGCGGCUGCGGCCUGCGUACUCACCGUGUGCGGGCGAAGCUGCCGCGCGGAGGCGUUCCCUAGGCGGUAGGGCCGGGAUAGCCCCGGGCCCCGAGGACCUGGUCUUGGAGAGGAGGAGUUGCGGAUCCCAGAGGGAAAGUCACUGCGGCUUGGGCACUGCCUUGAGACAAGACCCGGGGAGGGUCACAGCCUGUCGGGCUUUGGAUUAAGCCCACCUGGACAGCUAGAUCCUUGCGGGCUUUGGCUAGAGCUGGGGUUGUGGCCGUUACACACACGCAGGCGUCCUCAGCGAGGGUGACAGAGGGGACUUGUAGCCUUGUGAGGCCUGUGUGGUGGGGCCCCGGAGCUUGGCAUGUUCACAGUGCCUUUGCUGAUCCUGCCUUCCUGGAAGUCACUGCAGAAUGACUCCAGCAGCUGUCGUCCAGCCCCAGGCAGUGGCUGCCUCUCCUGCGUGGUCUUCCAGGGCAGCAUGCCCGGGGUCCUGGAGAAAACGGGGAAGGAGGCGCCUUCUCUGCCUCUUCUAGUACCCUCUUGGUAUAGCACUUGAUAAGCAGAACCAGCAGGUGGCACUAGGCUCCUGUUCUCGUUGACAGGACCCCUUCUGGCCACUGGGCUGUCUUCCCAACAGGUUCUUCACCAGCUCUCAGAACUUUGCCUCUGCAUUCACUUUUGCCCAUGCUUCUCUGCGCUGGGUGAGACGGUGUGGCCUCCCUGUGGCUGAUGCUAGUGGCCUGGUGGGUGCUAGCUCACCCUCCCCUGUGUGACAGCCUGUUGUCUGGGCUCCUGGGUGCCCAUUGCUGCUGCCCUCCCUCUUCUCCACUUGGCCCCACAAACUGCAUGGGUUCUUCUUGUCCAGCUGCCCUGACCCCCAGGUUCACUCACCAUAUCACAGAAUGGUGUCAUCCUUUCAGGUGUCAAGCCACACAGAGGGAAGCCCAACAGCUAGGCCCCACAGCAGAGCCUACUUUUAAGACCUCAGCAGCCCAGUCUUUCCACGACAGUGCCCUUCCACCCACAACCUGGAAAUGGCACCCAAUUUCCUGCCAAGGAGAGCUUAACAGGUUUCGGGCCUCUGUCCAGCCCCUGCCUAGCUAACUGCAGCCCAACUCCUGCUCCCACCACACCGGUCACCUCCACCAGAACAAUGGUGCCCCUUAGCACCCACUAUGCAGCAUGCAGCUGGUGCCCAGUGAGACAGUAUUGGUGGGCACAUCUUCCCAGGCCUCUGGAGCAGAGCCCCGAGGGUGCAGGUGGCUCCCAACGGGAUUUCUUAUCCCUAAAGGGGGUCCCACAGGUCCCCCUACCAGCCCCCCUGGAUAAACUCUUCCCCCUCAGCACAGCCAGAUGCCUCCCUGAUCCUGAGACCCUGGGGUGGCAGUGCUUUCAGCUGGAAGUCAACCCCUUCCUUCCAGAAGGGGUGACCCUCCCUCCCCUCCAGGAGCUGGUGAGCAGGCUGCUGCACCUGCACUUCAAGGACAGCAAGACCAAAGUCAGCGGGGAUGCACUGCAGCUCAUGGUGGAGUUUCUGAGGAUCUUUGUUGUGGAGGCAGCUGUCCGAGGGGUGCGCCAGGCCCAGGCAGAGGGUGCAGUGCUUGUGGACGUGGACCAGUUGGAGAAGGUGCUCCCUCAGCUGCUCCUGGAUUUCUAGGGAUGUUCAUCCUCCCUGAGGCCACCCCCAGGGUGGCUGAGUGUCUUCUGAGGCCUGUGGGGUCUGCAGUGCAUUGACAACAGUAUUAUCACCUGGUUCCCAAGAACCUCCUCCAGUGUUUGAAGGACACUAAGGACCUAGCAUUCGGUGCCCUUAAUAGUAUCCCGUCCCCGUGGCUCCCAGCUGAUGAGACUCUGGGACACACAGGCAGGUACAGGGAACAGGCGGACUGGCCUGCUUCCCAAUCCCAGCCAUGCCACCACGUGGUAUAUGGUGUAUUGUAGCCACCCCAGCAUUAGAGCCUACCAGCAGCCUGUUAGCCAUAUGGGCCUCCCCUAGAGGAUGCCCCCCCCCCCCAAGCUGUAAAUUUAUUCCCACAGACGAACACCAAUAAAUCAACAUCUCUUCUCCCAG